UGAAAGAUCUCAAACGAUAAGGCACGUAUUGGCACAUCAUAAAAUAACUAAUUAUAAAAAUUAUCUUUCAGGAUAUGAUUUCUAAUAUCACAGGUGAUAAAGCAAAAGAAUUAUUGUUGGCAGCAGAGAAAAUGCCUGGUCUGGUGUUCGACAUUGCAGAAAGUGCAACCAAAUCAACAACGCAAGCUACAGAUCCAGACAAUACUGAUCCAGGACCAUCUACAUGUAUCGAAUCGGCUGAUUGGUGCACAUGCAGCCAUUGCAGAGAGAUGCCUACGGAUGAGGAAAAGCUCUGCUGUAAUAUGGCUCCAGAAUUUUGUAUUUCUCUACGGCCAGAAUUGGAACAGUUUUGUUUGGAACCUGGUGUUUUGGUGAUUGCUAACAAUAUUAGAAAUGAUAUUUUUGUGAGAGAUGCCGACGACAAUCUCAAUAAACAGUACAGACAUGCGGCAUACAGACAAUUCAUUUACUGGAGGUUCGGUCGACUUGGUGAAGGGAACCGACGAGUUAUUCCGGGUUGUGUAGUGUGGAGAAUAAGAGAGCAUUACCCAUCUCCAUUUGGACAAUGUUGGUUUUAAAGCGGGGAGACUUGUAUAAUUGUUGAUAUGACAGUGUGUGAUUUACAAUAUUUGACAAUAAUGACUGUUGACUUGUGAUAAUUUUCUGUGUUAUUGAUAAGUUCACUAAAAGAAUAAGUUAGAAAACAAAAAUCCAAUGAUUACUUGAACAGUUAGAAUUAAAAUCAUGAUUUUUGUUUUCUAACUAAUUCUUCCAGUAAUGGUGCCUGCACCUUUGCUGAGGAUUUACUGUCUUGGAUCUGUAUCUGAUAAUUUUUUAGAAGACUGUAACGGUGUUUUUGAAUGUAAAUGAAGGUGAACAAUAGAUUUAAUUAAUUCUGGGAUGUAUGUGUAUUCUUUUGAGGACAUCAGAGGUACUGCCGUCCAUG